AUGGCCAACUUCGAUGGUCCAGGAUUCUCAAUGGUUGACGAAUCUUGGAUCCAGACCAAAGCCAUCGACAUAGAACCCUCAACCGACAUCUCUCCUUACCUCUCCCGUAUCCUAGAAGACUGCGUCUGGAACGGGAACAGAGCCAUCGUCUUCGACGUCUACUGGGACGUUGAAUCAGUGAACACAAAGUCCGAGCAGCGUCUCUCCUCAGUGAAGCUAAGCACCAAGAACCUCUGUCUCUUCCUCCGUCUACCAAACCAGUUCACCGACAACCUCAAGGACCUCUACCGCUUCUUUGCUUCCAAGUUCGUCACGUUCGUCGGCGUCCAGAUCGGUGAGGAUCUUGUUCUGCUUAAAGAGAAUCACGGGAUUGUGAUCAGAAGCUCUCUGGAGAUUGGGAAGUUGGCUGCUGUGGCUAGAGGAACUCCUAUUGUGGAGUUUCUUGGAGCUAGAGAGUUGGCUCAUAAGAUACUUUCGUGUGAUAUGAGUAGACUUGAUUCGAUUCAGUCUAAGUGGGAUGAAGCUGGGGGUGAUGAUCGUCUAGAAGCUGCAGCUAUUGAAGGCUGGCUUAUUUACAAUGUCUAUGAUCAGUUGCAGCAGUGAGGAGAUGUUGUGAUAUGUCACAACCUAACAUUUUAUUUCUUGAUCAAAUGGAUGUGUGACAUUGUGCAUUUUGAUCUUGCUAUGAGUGAACAAGAUCAUGUCUGAAUAAAAGAUAUACUAAAGUCAA